AUGGGCCUCUCGCCAAAUAUUUAUAGAGGUGCCGAUUUAUUGAAAGUGAGGAAUGAACUUGAGUCACAAUUGAGACAAACAAGUUACACUACAUUUGAAGACCUCAAGAAAUAUUUAUUGAAAGGAUUGAAAGAAAAUGUUCGUGUUCUUCCACUCGUCGAUUAUCAAAAUUUCCAAAUGAAUAUUUCUGUUUUACACAGCGAGUCAACACAAGAGGCACUCGACAAUAUCAGUAAAAGUUUUGAUGUUCCUAUUAUUAAUUGUGAAGAUGUUGUUUCAAAAAAUUCAACUGGUAUUGUGGACUCUGGAACUUUAUUAAAAACUCCUGCUAUUACAAAUUAUAUUCCGACUCCUCCAACAAUUCAAACAAGAAAUGCGACACAUGUUGAUUAUAGCCAGGCUACCGACAACGAAUCUCAAAAUACCAACGAUUCGACCAAAGAAGAAAUAAAAUUCACUGUGUUUGAGAUCGAACAAUUGGAAAAAAAUGAAACACAUUAA